UGAAAUGAGAUUGAAUCCAUUGAAAAUUUUUGAAAGGAAAGAAUUCGUUGGUUAGUUUGUGAAGGAAAUUCGCGGCACAUUCUUUCUCGUUGGCUGAUAUAUGUCUUCUCUUCCGCGGCUGAUUCCUUAACCGCCAACACCAUGGCUGAGCCCACAAGGCCAUCAUCGUCUUCGUCGUCCUCCACCAUCACCACAACCCUAACCCGACAAAACCCAUCUCCAUCGCAACUUCAACAACAGCAGCAGCAGCAAACCACGCUGGUGCUGCGACUGAAUCGUAGGAAGAAAGUGGCAUGGAAGGACGGCACUGUCGACAACGAGUUCCUUCAGAGGAAGAGCUCCAAGAAGUGCUGCAUCUUCCACAAGCAGAAGCCCUUUGACGAGGACGACAGCGACGACGACGACCAUCAUCGUCAUCAUGAUCAUGGCUGUCGCAAAAGCGACGGCGGAGAUCAAUCCGGCCUCUCAUGGAUUGGUAUUAUGACUUGUGGAACAAAUGAGCGAAGAAUGUGACGGGGUGAACUGGAAGAGAUGAGAGGGACCAGCUUUAGACAAUAAAGAAAGUUGAGUCGUUCACUCUGCUUCUUUGCUGUGGGUACGGAAGAUCAGUGAAAGGAAGUAUUACUCCGUUGUUUUUA